AUAAGGGCUCCUCACUCUCCCUGCAUAGAGAGAGCAACAGAGGACGAGAUAAAGGAGAUAGAGUGUCAUACAGAACAGUGAGCUACCACAGACAGAGAGAGAGAGAGAGAGACCUGUGGAAGAUUGAAAAAAAAGAAACAGAAGUAAAGAAUUGCUGGGGAAGGCUGAAGAUGGUUUGUGUGUCGUGGCUGUUGACCGUGAUGGCAGUGGUGUGUGUGUGCAGCCCCAGGGUCUGGGGUCAGUGCUGGGACCGCCCCUACUGCAAAGAUGUCAGCUCACUGGACAAAAUACUGGAGUGUGUUCACCUGUGCAGGUCUGACGUCCAGACCCAGUCCCCAGAGCCCAGCUCGGGCGAGCAGCAGUCCACGGAAGAGAGCUUCUCCCUGGGCAUCCUGCUGGCUGCCCUGGCCUCUGGCGAGAUGACCCUGGAACCCGAGCCUCAGUCACGCGGUGAGGAGAGGCGCUCCUACUCCAUGGAGCACUUCCGCUGGGGAAAGCCCGCCGGCCGCAAACGCCGACCCAUCAAGGUCUUGGCUCUGGAGGGGGGUGAUUCCUCCGAGGGCUUCCCUCUGGAGGCCCGUAGGCAGCUGAACGGCGUGGAGGACGGAGGGCAGGGGAGCCGUGGGAGGCCUAGCCCCAAGGCUCCCUCUCAGCUGGGGCUCCAGGCCAAGAAGGAUACCCCCUACCGGAUGGGUCACUUCCGCUGGGGAACCCCGCCAGCCGUCAAGCGCCACGGGAGCUUCGUGAUGCCCUGGGAGCAAUCCCAUGAGCCUCUGCUCUCGUUGUUGAAGAAUGUCAUCGUCAACGAAGAGCCAUAGUUGGAGGGAGGAUGGAACCAGGAUGGAUGGGGGCGAAGAAUGAGGGAGAGGAUGGGAUAUAUGAGAGGAGAGAGGCUACUAUUAUUGUGUAGAUCCUUGACUUAUGGAUAUACAUUUAAUAUAUAAGUCUAAGAUAACAAUAUUGUCUUAAAUAGAUUACGUUUGAAAGUAAAAAUAAACAAGGGUACUACGCUUUGGUCAAGUCUAACAUGUUUAAAAAAAAAAAAAACAUUAUUUUAAACAUGGGUAUCUUAGAGAACUUACUUACUUUGAUUGUUAUUGAUUAGAACAAUAACAUUCACACAGUCACAAGGUAGAGCUUUACGAAUAUAGCUCGUGCACCAGGAUUUAAAAGCCUUAGUCUGAAUGUUUGUUUGAACAUGUUAAUAAAAAUAUUUAUGAGACACUAAAGUGACCUUCUGAGUUUGUCACUGAAACCUAAUACUGUUACCAAUACUACAUAUUGUAGGAGAGGGAGAGAAACAGAAUAUUUCACAAUCAGAAAAAAAGAAAGAAAGACCAAAAGUUUUCAGAAUGUAUUAAAAAAAAAGCACUUUUCAAAUUAGGGUGAUAUACUUCCUCUUUAUUUUCCUUCAUACACUGUAAAAAAAAAAAAAAAAAAAACUAAGAAUAAUAA